UUUCAAACGACACAAUCUGCUUAGACACUCCGCAGGACGCAGCCUCCGCUAUCGCCUCAGGCUCAGGUGACACCGUGACAAGUUUGUUGCAUUUAGCAUUAUCACAAUCUCCAUGGGGCUAGGAGGAAGUUUUGAAUUUUUAACAUGAAAGCCAUCUCGUCAAGUUAGUUUUUCCUGUUUAAUAUCAAUUUGGGUAGCUUGGAAGCCUUAGUUGUUUCGGCAGUAUGAUCAAAUUUAAGAGCUGUCACAACAAAUUAUCUUUGGGUUUACUGUAUGUGACCAGAUUGUGCAGUUCAAAUGCAGCAACGAGAGAGAUACCUGAUCCAACAAAAAAAAUAUGUAGUAUUAUAAUUUCGUGUCCAAAAGUAGGGCUUGAUACUGCUCUUGACCAGAGUGGGAUUAGGGUUUCAUCAGAUGUAGUUGAGGUAAUCCUACAGAGGUUUGAGAAUGCUGGUAUGUUGACGUAUCGAUUCUUUGAAUGGGCUGGGAAGCAACGUCAUUACGAGCACAGCGUCAGAGCUUACCACAGCAUGAUUGAAUCUUUGGCCAAGAUAAGGCAGUAUCAAAUCAUGUGGGAUCUUGUGAACAGCAUGAGGAGCAAGAGAAUGUUAAAUAUUGAAACAUUUUGUAUAAUUAUGAGAAAGUAUGCUAGAGCAAAGAAGGUGGAGGAGGCAGUUUAUACUUUUAAUAUCAUGGAAAAAUAUGACAUCCCUCCAAAUCUAGCAGCUUUUAAUGGCUUGUUGAGUGCUUUAUGUAAGUCCAAGAAUGUGAGGAAGGCCCAAGAGAUCUUUGAUAACAUGAAAGAUCGAUUUGUUCCUGAUUCAAAAACUUAUAGUAUAUUGCUCGAGGGGUGGGGAAGGGAUCCCAAUCUGCCCAAGGCAAGGGAAAUUUUCAGAGAAAUGGUGGAAAUGAGUUGUAACCCUGAUAUUGUGACCUAUGGGAUCAUGGUUGACAUUCUCUGCAAAGCAGGGAGGGUUGAUGAAGCCAUUGAAAUUGUUAAGGACAUGGACUCCACAGGCUGUAGGCCAACAUCAUUCAUUCACAGUGUUCUGGUUCAUACUUAUGGGAUAGAGAAUCGGAUUGAAGAUGCUGUUGAUACAUUCCUUGAAAUGGAAAGGAACGGAGUUAAGGCUGAUGUCGCCAUGUAUAAUGCCUUGAUUAGUGCUUUCUGCAAAGUAAACAAGUUCCAAAAUGUCUAUAAGGUUUUGAAUGAGAUGGAUUGCAAGGGUGUCACACCCAAUUCAAGGACUUGCAACAUCAUUAUAAACAGCUUGAUAGGCCAUGGAGAGACUGAUAAGGCUUUUAGGGUCUUCCGCAGGAUGAUUAGGGUUUGUAAGCCAGAUGCAGACACAUAUACUAUAAUGAUAAAAAUGUUCUGUGACAGGGACGAGCUUGAGAUGGCUCUUAAAGUAUGGAGGUUCAUGAAGAAAAAGCAGUUUGUUCCGAGCAUGCACACUUUUUCUGCUCUUAUCAAUGGGUUGUGUGAGAAGGCUAAUGCUUCUGAGGCUUGUGUUCUUAUGGAAGAGAUGAUAGAGAGGGGAAUCCAGCCAUCAAGGGUGACUUUUGGGAGACUAAGACAAUUGCUUAUAAAGAAGGGAAGAGAAGAUGUACUUGAAUUUCUUCACGAGAAAAAGAAUCUUUUGGUAAAGGAGCCAUUAUGGGAUUGAGAAGCCAUGGCUUAUGAGCUAAAUAGAAAAAUCAAGGUAGCUGAUUGUUUGGUUUGCACAAUGGAGAUCUGGGAGUUGGAACUGCAUGACCAAUAGUGAACUUCAGGAGCAUUGCAGCCACAAGGAUAUAUAGCUGGUGUGCUAUGGUGGCACCAAGAUGGCUAGUUUUUCCACCAAGCUUUGCUACUUUACAAAGCUUCAUUGCAGUCCGAUGGAAUGCCUUCAUGUGUUGAUGGGCAAUUCCAUAAAUGGUGGCCACAUAUGGCAGGAAUCAUGUGAUGUUUCAGGUAAAGUGAGUGUGUAGCUCAAGAUAGAUUGACUUCAAACAACAAAUCAAGUACUCUUAGCAUCCCAAUGGGUUAUAAAAUGUCUGCAUAUUGCAAGGUGUAACAUAUCUUGAACUGUAGAGGGCUGUAAUACAUCCACUAUCAGCUCCCAAACAAGGCAUUGCAUGAGGUGCAUUGGAUAUAAUGGUCUCAAUAUGCCAGUGGAUAAAGGCAACGAGGCUUUUAUGAGGAGAAGAGGUUCUCACGAUGUCAUGUACAAUCCUUUUGUGGAGGCAACAAGGCUUAUUCAAGGAGAAGAGGAGGUUCUUGCAGCAUCAUGUAUAUGCCUAUGGAAAAAAGCAUUAAAUGUACUGGUCUUAUAUGCUCAUGGAGAAGCUAGUGAGGCUUAUAUGACUAGAAGAGCUCCUCACAUUGUCAUGUACAAUCCAGUGUGAAAGGCAGCAAGGCAUAUUCGAGGAGAAGAUAUUCUUGUGUCGUCAUCUAUAUUCCUGUUGAGAAGGCAAUGAGGCUUAUUAUUUGAAGAGAAAUGAUCCCUGCAACAUUAUGUAAUGUUUGUGGAGUGGGAUGGGUCCCAUCAGAGAUAUCAUAGGAGCCUGCUGAGGAAUCAACAUGGUAUCUCUGUAGCAACACCUGUGUAGAUGAUAAUAAAAAGACCAGAGGUUGUUUGUAAAGAGAGAGACGAUUUUGCAUGGGAUCCUGAGAAUUGAACUCGGGGAACUCUUGCACCCAAAAAUCUUGCAAUUUUCAUCUUGAUGCAUAUACUCUAAAUUGUCUGUGAUUCUUGUAUAUAAAGUUGCUGGAACUUUUGUUUGGCAUAAAAAAUUAAAAUUCUGCAAUGGAAGCAAUGUUCUUGCUUUUCUGUUAAAUUUCUGAUAAAUGAGAUAUGUCACUGAAUUGUCUGUUUUAUAUUC